AUGUCCCAAUCAAUCCCCAAAACAACCAAAACCUGGAAAAUCCACGGACAAACUGGAUUUGACAGCUUGAAAUAUGAUACUCAAGCUACCCUUCCAGAAUUGGGUGCCAAUGAUGUUCUCGUGAAAUUCCACGCAGCUUCGUUGAACUAUAGAGACUUAAUCAUUCCCAAAGGUCAAUACCCAUUUCCUCUCAACGAUGGCGUGAUUCCCGGCUCUGAUGGUGCCGGCGAAGUCCUGGCUGUUGGUUCGAAAGUAACGCGUUUCACCCCCGGCGCCAAAGUCGUCACUCUUUUCAACCAAGGUCAUUUUGGUGGCUCGCUCGAUAACCAAACAAUUCAAACUGGCUUGGGCGGUGCCCUGGACGGCACCCUUCGCCAACACGGUAUCUUCAACGAAAAUGGACUCGUAGACAUGCCUUCCUCUCUCUCCUACCUCGAAGGAGCUACUCUUCCCUGUGCAGCACUCACAGCUUGGAAUGCUCUCUACGGUUUAAAACCGCUCAAACCCGGUGAUGUGGUUCUCACACAAGGAACAGGUGGUGUUAGCAUAUUUGCCCUUCAAUUUGCUAAAGCCGCUGGAGCAAUCGUAAUUGCCACGACUUCAUCCGACUCCAAAGCUUCCACACUCAAGAAACUUGGUGCCGACCACGUUAUAAACUAUAAAACCACCCCUGAAUGGGGUGUACACGCCAAAUCCCUGACUGCUUCUUCCGUCGGCGUAACACACAUUCUCGAGGUGGGCGGUCCUACCACCAUGGCACAGUCACUCAAAGCCAUAAAAUUCGACGGCGUAAUCAGUAUAAUUGGAUUUGUGGGCGGACAAGCAACAGAAAAGGAGCCAACAUUCUUGGAUUGUUUGAUGACCGUCUGUACGGUGAGAGGUCUGCUCGUAGGGAGCAGAGAUCUGUUUGAGGAUAUGAACAGGGCGAUUGAUGCCAAUGGCAUCAAGCCGGUGGUUGAUGAGAAAGUGUUUGGGUUGGAUGAGGUUAAGGAGGCGUAUCAAUAUAUGUGGGACCAAAAACAUUUUGGCAAGUUGGCCAUUAAGAUUGAGUAG